AUGGAUUUUACUGAAUACGUCGAGAGUAACUCGGAUUCAUCAUUGUCCCUCACCUCAUCUAUCUUUGCCGAACACCACGACGCUCCUCUCGUCAACUUCUAUUCAUUUGAUCAAGUCAUGGACAAAGACAACUACGACCAUCCUGCUCCUCCCUCUGCCAACAUUUCAGCAUCCACCAUCCUCGAAGGCACUGCAGCCAUCAGGUCUUCUUACGCAGAAGCUGACGAUGUCUCCAUGGACGACUGGACCAUCAUCAACCCUUCCGUCGCCUCCGAAAUCACCUGCCCCGCCCCGACCUCCGUCUCCGUUCCGGUCUCCACCCCUUCCGUCACCGACCUCACGGCGUCCAACAUGUUCCAUUUGGAACGCCAGGAUACCCAGCCCUCGGAGCCGGUCUCCGGUCCUAGCUCACACGUGGUGAGCGGCCGUGCCUCUGACGACAUGAGUGAGACUGUGUGGAUGUACUCAAACAACUUCACCAUUGCACAAGACGGCCAAGGACUUUGUGGCAUUGGAGCGUGGGCUGACAUUGCAACCAGUCCCCUCGUCGCCAAAAUGGGAAUUAUUCCGCGACAGGGAUGA